UUCCGGUUCCGAACAUUCAUUUCGUGUCUGCCAUUUUCCUUUGUCGUUUGAAUUUGAGCGUGUUCCACUCGAGAAGGAGAAAUAAUUUCAAUAGUAUUUUCAAGUUUUGGAUAAUCAAGUAUAUUUGUGUUUUGUCACCGUCUGUGUAAAUAACAGAGUUUGAAAUAUGUCUUAUAGCACUAGAAGAAGCGGUGGAUUUGGAGGUCAACAGCAACAAAAUGUGGCCAAUAUCGGCCAACGUAGGCCUGUUGUAACAAACAAUUUUGUACCAGGUGGACAGAAUAAACCAGCUGGCCAAGCAUCACCACAGCAAGUGAGGGCACAACAACCACCACAGCAAAACACAUCCAUCCAGUUCAGAAAUCAAGGACCAGCACAGCAGCAAGCUAAGCAACAGAUACCUCAAGCAAAGCAACCUCAACCACAGAUUAAACAGCAGCAACCCCAGGCAAAGGUGCAACAACAACCUAAUCAGCAACAGCAACAAGCUCAACAACAGCAGCCAGCCCAAGUGCAACAACAGCAGGCCCAAGUGCAACAGCAGCCGGCCCAAGUGCAACAGCAGCCGACCCAAGCUGUACAGCAACAGGUAACACAACAGCCUCAACAGAAGCAGGUUCAGCCACAACAAAUUACAAUGGAAACCACUCCAGCUCAGAACAAUGCCUUUGCUCCUUCUGUAGAAAACCCUGAAGUAGAAAAUGCAAACUUGGAGGCCAUGGAUACUUCAACUGAAGUAAAAAAGAAGCCAUUCUGGUUCCAUAACAAAGGUAAAAUUGCAAAGAAAGAAAGAACGCGUAGGCGCAAUGUGAUGUUGACUCGAACAUUGAAACCUAAAAAUGCAGUUAUGAUUUUGAACGAACUUGUUAAGAGCACUACUUAUGCUGUUGAGGAACUUCCCACAAAGUUCAACGGAAAUUCUUUCAAAGCUACUGUAGUAUAUGAAGGAUCAGAACAUGUUGGAUUUGGUCGUAAUAAAAUGCAAGCCAAAAAUGCAGCAGCUGAAACAGCUCUGAAACAUUUUGUAAAAUCACAUAAAUUAUCAGAAGUGAAGAAGGAUGAAGAAGGAAAUGAAAACAUGGACUUAUCGGAAGAAGAUGCCCAGAACCCUCUGCCGUGGCAGCAUGUGGUUUCAUUUGCUCUUUUUAAACUUUUCUCUUCGUGGGAACAAGGUUUGAGUGAAGGCACAGUUAGUUCUAAAGUAAACGAACCCAAACAGGCAAAAAAGAUGCCAGCAAAUCCUGAAACAGUUAAUCCCUUAAUGAUGAUCAACCAGAUGUUGCCUCAAGCUCAUUUUGAGGAAGUUGGCAAGACUGGUGUUCCUCCCAAUGUUUUAUUUUCAUUCAAAUGUAUUGUAGAUGAGGAUGUUUUCCUUGGAACAGGUCCAAACAAGAAAGCAGCCAAGCGGAUGGCAGCUUAUGGAGCAUGCCAUAAAAUUUUGGGAAUAAACUAUCCCGAAGAUGUAUAUAUCCCUAAUUACUAAGUUGAGAUGAAUUUAAGUGAGGAGCAUUUUUCAUCCCAAGUUUGUGAUUUUUUCCAUUAUCUAACUAGUGAUUUGGACCGAAACUGUGUAUCUUAUUAUGCAGAAUUAGUGUUAUAGGAAAGUAUGUAUAUACAAGAAAUUAUUUAUGUUUAUUGUGACUUAGGGAUAUUUAAUUUUAAAACGUUUUUAUGAUUGGAUUAAACGAUGUAACAUGAUAA